CAUGAAGCUAUUAACCAGGCAUAAGAGGAGAUAGAGAAAGGGACAGCAGAGAGCAGCAGCCAUGGCUUCUUGCUCCUCUCUCAGCUUCACACCUAUCUCCUCAAACUCAAACCCCAAAAAUCAUUCCUCCUCUUCAUUAAUCCCUUCUCACCGACCCUUUACUUCCUCCCACUUAUCAUUUUCUAAAUCUUCUUCCCUUCACUCACGUCAAACCCUUUUCAGAACUCAUUGCCGGAGAGUUCCCCCUCCCAACGGUGCCAGUUUCUUGGUUUUGGGAUGUGCUAAAAAGGCAGAGCCUUUGAGGAUAAUGAUAUCUGGUGCUCCUGCUUCUGGGAAAGGAACACAAUGCGAGCUCAUUACCAACAAGUAUGGUUUGGUGCAUAUUGCUGCUGGAGAUUUACUGAGGGCAGAAAUUGCUGCAGGAUCCGAAAAUGGGAAGCAAGCAAAAGAAUACAUGGAUAAAGGGAAAUUGGUACCGGAUGAAAUAGUUGUGACGAUGGUCAAAGAACGGUUAAAUGGUCCAGAUUCUCAAGAGAAGGGUUGGCUUUUAGAUGGAUACCCUCGGAGCUCAUCUCAAGCCAUAGCACUCAAAGAAUUUGGCUUCCAACCAGACCUCUUUAUUCUUCUGGAAGUACCUGAAGAGAUUCUUGUUGAGAGAGUAGUUGGCCGUAGGCUGGAUCCAGUAACGGGGAAAAUUUACCAUUUGAAGUAUUCUCCACCAGAGACGGAAGAAAUUGCUGCUAGGCUUACUCAGCGCUUUGACGACACAGAAGAAAAGGUUAAAUUGCGUUUGCACACUCACCAUCAAAAUGUGGAGGCAGUUCUCUCCUUGUAUAAAGAUAUCACAGUCAAGGUGAAUGGAAGCGCUUCCAAGCAGGACGUAUUUGCUCAGAUCGAUGAUGCAUUAACACAGCUUCGAGAACAAAAGCAAGGAAAGUUGGGAACUGUGGCAGCAUAGAGGAACACAACAAAUUUGCAUGUAAAGACUGAGGAGUACUAUCCAAUUAGGUGAAGAAAAGAGUUCAAUCAUAGGAUGCAUUUUGAAUUUAUCAUGAAUAACUGUCAUUGUUUAUUGCCAUUCCUCUUGUAUUAAUAUGCUGAAAUACCAUGUACAGACGAGAAUAAGUGAAAAAAGAAAAAUUAUUUGUCUGGUUUUCAGCAUCUAGUUGUAUACUCAUGGUUUUUGCUUUUGAUUUUGGCCCCUCUUUUGUAUAAGUCA